AUGCGCGCUUUGUUUUGGGUGUACAAACUCCCAAAAUUCUCCGGCAAACCAGCACAGUGGCCAUUGUUCUACGCGGCCUACAAAACGUCCAAUGAUGUCUGCGGCUACAUGAACCACGAAAACCUGAUGCGACUGCAGGAAGCGCUGGAAGGCGAUGCCCUCGAACUGGUAUCUGGGCAGUUACUACUUCCCGAAACCAUCCCGCAGGUCAUCGAGAAGCUGCGCCGGCACUUCGGCCGCCCGGAACAAUUGCUUCAAUGCCUGCUGGACAAGGUGAACCAGCUGGAACCCCCGAGGCCGGACAAUCUGAGGAGUUUUGUUCCAUUCGGAAACACGGUGGAGCAACUCUGCGGCCAUCUGGAGGCAGCGGAUCUACGGCAACACCUCGUCAACCCGCUGCUGAUAAAGUCGCUGGUUGCUAAGCUGCCGGAUCGGGAAAAGCGUGAGUGGGUCCAUUACCGGCGAGGUCGAGGGGAAACAACCUUGAGGACGCUGACGGAUUUCCUGAUGGACAUCGUGGCAGACGCCUGUGAAGCUAAUGUUGACGUGGAGUUCAAUCCAUCGCCGUCGUCUGAAUCAGAUUCCCAGCCCGAAGAGGAGAGUUCGAAUGAGGCUGGGCUAUACUGUCACUGCGAAGGCAGCAGUUCGACCUACAACACAAGUGAAGAGAGUAAGCUGAAACCGUGCAAGAUGUGCCAAUCCAAGGAUCAUCGUCUGCAGCACUGCGCAGAUUUCAAGAAGUUGCGGUACGAUGAGCGUUUGAAGCUGGUGACGCUCGAGAAGUUAUGCCAUGUCUGCCUCAACGAGCACGACGGGCAGUGCAAAUUGAAAAUCCGCUGCAACAUCGGCGACUGCAGAGAGUUCCACAACUCGCUCAUGCAUCCGGUCGGGCUGAGUGCACCCAUAAGGACAAACUGCACGGUCUUGUUCCGGAUCGUUCCGGUACAGCUGCACUGCGGAGGCAGAACAGUUUCGGUGUUAGCGUUCCUGGACGAAGGAGCUUCCGUCACGCUGGUGGAAAAAAAGCUCGCCGACCGUCUGGGCGCGGUCGGAGUACAAGAGCGAUUGACCAUCCGGUGGACGGGAAACACGUCGAGAGUGGAGGAUUGCCGAAGAAUGAGUCUGUGGGCUUCGGGAACAGGCGCUGCAGCCGGCGGCAAGAUGCUGUUGCACACAGUGCACACGGUGGACAAACUGAUGCUGCCACAUCAAAGGUUGGAUUCUGAGGAGUUUGCAGCACAGUACGAGCACAUGCGAGGACUGCCCAUUGAAUCGUACGACGGACAGCCGCAGUUGCUGAUUGGGGUAAACAAUAUCCACGCGUUUGCACCGAUGGAGGCAAAGGUGGGUACGCCAGUGGAACCGAUUGCUGUUCGAACCAAACUAGGAUGGACGGUCUAUGGGCCGCGACAGCAAACCCCAGCGGCGGCCGACAACUAUCUCGGUUACCACCGGCAGGUAACAAACGAGGAUCUGCCGCCCGAGAGUCAUUAUGCGUCGAAAGAAUCGGUGGUGACAAUUUCACGGGGCACCGUGGAGAAGAAAUGGGCCCAGCGAAUAAGAGAGCGAACCGCCCAACUCGUCGGCGAUCGCUGCGAAGACGAAUCGCUGUCGAAGACCCGGAGACAAGAAAUUAAAACGUGUCGUCAUCCGGACAGCUCCGGAAAAAUCGCCACGAACAUGGCGGUUCUCAUCCCGAACGCAAGAAGACAGGCUGAACAACAAAAUAGGCGGGUUCGAAAUCCGAAACGGGAUGAUCAACUCGCUGGAAGCCUUGCGGAGCCUAGAAGAGGCGAAACCGACGACACCGACGCAUUUGAUGGCGAAGGAGAGAGUCCUGGGAGCGGUCAGGGAUCCAAGUGGGGAUCGGCGUUUUCGACUCGCUUUUCGACGAGGCACCGCGGCGAGUUGUUGCCGCAGUUGUACGAGGAAAAGUGGUCGUCGAGAAAGCUCGUCGCAAGUGUCGCAAAACCGGAGGAAGUCAAGAACGGUCGGCGAAAGGAGAAGCUUGGGGUGAUGCGUGCGCUCGAUGAGGGGCGCAAGUUGUUGGGCAAGAUCCUACCAACGACACUAGCGGAAACGGCUGGCAAUGGUUCGACGAUUCUUCGUGGUCGACGGGAAAUCCCGACAGUCUUGCAGAUGAAGCUUCAUCGCUGCGGUCAUCAAGGUCUCAGAAGGACGAGCUCGACAGACAAACGUGAGGACGAAGAUGGUAAGGCGCAGAGACGGGACUUGGUAAAGCUUGCGUCGUUAAGAGGUAAUGUAAAUCCGAAAAUGCCGGAUGUUACGGGCUGGGGUGUUGCGACGCCGCACAUUUUGAACCGGUCUAAAAUAUGA